AUGCAGGGACAAAGUGAUGGCAGCGAAGAGGAUUCUGUUGUUCGUACACCAUUCCCCACUCGAACUCACCGCUGCGGCUCCUUGUCCGCGUCAGAUGCUGGAUCUCGGGUCGUUUUGUCUGGCUGGCUCCUGAAUAAACGGAAAGGUCGUGUCUGCUCCUUUUUUCCGCUCAAAGACCCUUCCGGCACAGUCCAGCUCAUCGUCGACAACACCGACGCAUUUUCAGACGCUCUAUCCCAGGUCCCUGUAGAGUCUGUCGUUUCAAUUCAAGGCUCUGUCCUUUUAAGGCCCUCAGACGCCCGUCGCAGUGGCCCCGGAGGUGACAUCGACAUCAAGGUUCACAGUUUUGUCCUGUUAAACCCCGCAACACAACUACCGUUUGUUCCGUCAGGUCACAAUCUACCAAAUGAAGACUAUCGCCUGCGCUAUCGGUAUCUUGACCUCCGGCGUUCCUCUCUUUCCGACAACUUGAAGAGGCGGGCGAAUGUGGCGCACUUGGUGAGAAAUGUCUUGCACGAAAAUGGUUUUCUCGAUGUGGAAACUCCCCUACUCGUACGAUCGUCCCCUGAAGGCGCAAAGGAGUAUCUUGUCCCAACACAGGUUAGCAAUGAUUCGGAUUCGCCUAAUUUUUUCGCUCUCGCCCAGUCGCCGCAGCAGCCUAAGCAACUAUUGAUUUGUUCGGGGGCGGUAGAUCGUUAUUACCAGAUUGCUAAAUGCUUCCGUGACGAGGAUGGCCGGAAGGACAGGCAGCCGGAAUUUACUCAGAUUGAUAUGGAGAUGGCUUUUGUAUCAUGGGGAUCUCAGGAAGAUACUACUGCGUCCCCGAGCUCUGAUGCCUGGCGUAUGGGAGGUGUUGAAGUCCGGAAUAUCAUUGAGACCAUCGUCAAGGACAUUUGGCAGCAGUUCAAAGGUGUAACCUUACCUAACAGGUUCAAAGUCAUGACUUACUUUGACGCGAUGAGACGUUUUGGGUCUGAUAAACCGGAUACACGUUUCGGUCUAGAAAUUUCAGACAUCACCCAAGCUUUACCCCCUGAAAUGCAAACGAUGUUGCGGGAGAGCGAUGAAAUCGUCGAAUGUAUCGUCUUGCGGCACCGCGAGGAACCUUCCUUCCUAUCAGUUUCACCAAAGUGUAAAACCGAAUCUUUUGCGGAGUUCGUUCCGGUGAACGUCAAGACCGUCCAAACAUGGCUGAAUCGUAGCCGGAUUGUACCCCAAAUGUCAGAGGCUCUAGACGCGUCUGAAGUCGGCGCGCUCAGCGAGAAGCUGGGGAUAUCACCUGGUGACGGGCUAUGGCUAGCUCGAAGAUCGAGGAUCGCUACUGGUGGAUCCACUGUUCUAGGAAGACAGAGGCUUAAUUUGCUAGAGGCAACUAUUGACCAAGAAAAAUUUGUCCUACCUGAUUCACCGAACUUCCUUUGGGUAACAGAGUUUCCGUUAUUCACGCCAGAACUAGAACUCAACAGGAAAUGGUCAAGCACACACCAUCCAUUUACUGCUCCAAUGUGGCAGGACGUCGAAGCUCUGUUCAAUGGUGAGAUUGAAAGUGUCCGGGGUCAGCACUACGAUCUAGUCCUCAACGGUGUUGAAAUUGGGGGUGGCUCUGUGCGUGUCCAUGAUGCAGCCAUGCAAGAAUACAUUUUUACGGACAUCCUCAAGUUUUCGGUGGAAGAGAGGAAGCCCUUCAAUCAUCUUCUCCAGGCCCUUCGAUGCGGUGCUCCACCUCACGGCGGUAUUGCUCUGGGCUUCGAUCGCCUAAUGGCUAUACUCUGCAAUUCAUCGUCCAUUCGCGACGUGAUCGCUUUUCCGAAGACAAGUUCCGGCACCGAUAUGCUUUUCGAAAGUCCUGCGCCCGUACCAGACUACACUUUACGACAAUAUGGACUUGGACGUUACCGCCAGGUUUCAGAAGUACACGACGCGGAAACGACACUGCGAAGUUUUGAUGACUCGGAACGGCGAGAAUGA